CGUAUCAAGUCAAUCGCUUCGUUGAACAAAUAAAUCUACGUCUCUGUCAAUACUUUCCGGACUAGAUCUUGUGUCUGAAAACGGCCAAGAUGAAAGUUGCAAUAGCGGCUCUUCUUCUGGUGGCAGCGGCGGAAUGCGAAGCAUUUCCUGCAACGACCACAAUGCAAAUGCCAACUAAUCGGCGGAAUGUACUGGUUGCAUCUUCGUUCUUUGGUGGUAUGUUUGGCGGAAGCGACGAGCCCGCAAAGGCGAAGCUUUCCGGUAACUUAGGGACAACUAACGAAGUCACAAAAGUUGUGAAUGGAAUGAAGCAGCGUCGGUUGGGAGGUUCGGACAUUUUAGUGUCGGAGCUUGGACUUGGAACUCAGCGCUGGGUGUCUACGGAUUACAAUGCACCCGACGAAAAAGAAGUUUUUGAAUUUAUGGACAAAGCUAUCUUGAAGAAUGGUGUAAAUCUUUUGGAUACUGCUGAACAAUACCCAAUUCCAUCAGAUGGCAAGACCUCUUCAGAUGGAGAUACCGAACGCGUGAUUGGUAAAUGGAUGAAAGAGCGAAGAGUUGAUCGCGAGAGUGUUGUGAUUGCUACGAAGAUAACCGGGGGGCGCAAUAUUACCCCAAGAAAUAUAAAACUCGACUGCGAGGGAAGUCUUAAACGUCUUGGAACUGAUUACAUAGAUGUGUACCAACUGCAUUGGCCGCAGCGUUACUCGCCGCAAUCUAAUUGGGGUCAAUCCCUGGCGUACAACAUUGAAAACGAUUCAAAUUUGUACUGGCGAGGGAGGGGAGGCCCCACAUCGUUUGAAGAGUUAUGUAUGAGUAUGGAAGGCCUAAUUCAAGAAGGGAAAAUACGUGGUUGGGGACUUUGCAACGACAACGCGUAUGGUUUGACGGCAUGCACUAGCACAGCUCGAUCCUUAGGUACAACCCCGCCUUGUUCUAUUCAAGGCGACUUCAGCAUCCUCGAUCGCAAAAGCGAAGAGAACGGAGUUGCCGAAGCGGCUUCGCCUUUUAAUGAAAACGUAGGCUUCAUGUCGUAUAAUUCCUUAGCUGGGGGAAUGCUGACUGGAAAGUAUAUGGACAUACCAGCGGCGCUUGACGACCUAGAUAAUCCAGAGAGGGCAAAGAAAAACUUACAGAACCCGCGAGGUCGGAUGGACACACGAGGAUGGGGAAGUACGCUGUAUCGUUACCGAAGCGAAGCAGCGCUGGAGGCUAUCCAAGAAUAUGCUAGAAUUGCUGAGAAAUACAAGAUGCCUUUGACGGAGCUCUCGCUACGAUGGUGCCGUCAACGCUCCUUAAUUACCACCACCCUGGUUGGUCACACUAGCAUGAAGCAGCUUGAGGAAAGCCUGAAAUAUUUUACUAUCAAAGAACCGUUGUCGAAAGAAGUAAUGUGGGAAAUCGAUGUGGUUCAUAUGCGCAAUCGCCUACCUUUAUUCUCAAACGAAAACGUUGGAAGAGACUGGUAUGGCGAAGGCGAGAUUGGAGAACCCAUUCCUUAAGUCUUUUCUUGAGGAAAAACUUGUUGAGUAAGCAAACAAAUGCAGUCGGAGUUUACAGCUACAGUAAUGGUGUAAAGUAUUACUUGCAAUCGAUUAAGUGAAACGGGCUGCGACAGUUGCGUGGUAGGGGACCGUUGUAAUGUCUCCAACUGCAGCCAAAGUAGGGUUACUCUUCAGCACAGCUAUAAGUGCAUCCUUCACUUGAGCUUCUGUGACAGAAUCAUAGGCUAGAGCAACAUCCAAGGCGUUUGAGAAGCUACCGGAUUCAAUUACAGACGCUGUCAUGAACUCUGCAAGCGCUUUCGAACCACCAUCCAAAGCAAACAAGGCUUCGGCCUUAGCUAAUUUUUUGGCACGUUUGAUAACAUCGGGAGAUACAGUCAACGUGACAACUCUAGUCAUAGCAUCGAUUAAUCCGGACGGGUUGGUGCUACCAGCGUAGACUCCUACCAUGCCGGUCGCCGUAAACCCGGAGACACCUGAUUCGAUACCAGCCAAGCAAAAGAGCUGUUUGAUAACAUCACCGAUAACAGAAGAGGUGGGGCCCUGAAAAGCAAGAGCCACGUGGGCGUAUCCUGAAGAGGGAGCCGCAACACGACUUUCGCCACCCAAAUAUGCCAUGGCUGGCUUCUCCACAGCUGAACCUUCGUGGGCACCAGACAAUAAUUCUGCGACUUCGGUGCAGAAGGCUGAAUGGUCUUGAAUUCCCGUAGCAGCCAAGACAGCGCCGUUCAAACCGUAUGCGCGAUCGCGGAAUUGAGUGAUGGUGUCUAGCGAAGCAAGCGUAGAGUAGAACGGUCGCCCUGCGGAGGAUUGGGGACCGUAGGAAGCCGCGAACAGAUUUUCCGUCAGGACGAUCUGAGCACUAGUACUUGCCACUUCGCUCUCAGUAUCAGCCAAUGCACGAGCAUCGCGUAUGUCCCACUUUUCAAAACUACAAUCCGUUGCCAACAGAUCGACCAAACCGACAGCCUUCUCUGGGGCGACGGUGUAGCCGAGAGUAGCACUGCUCCGGUUUGCCGUAACAAACGGCAUUCCUCCUUCGUUCUCGAUCAUUCUGUUGAUCAGAAGGCUAGAUUUGUCCGAUCCGGACUUGAAAGCCAGGCACUUGUUGAGAAAAGCAGCGCCCUGUUCGUUCAUCAUCUCGGAGGCAGACCCGGCAUUUGGGUAGGUCAUAGUCACAGUCGAGGUCGAGCUCGCAUCUUCCGAAACUAUAGUGAGACCAUUGGGAAGGGUACUGACGGAUCCGGUCGUUGCUUUGGCAGCCUGA